CGAACCGGCUCAGUCUCUCUCUCUUCACGCCAAAGGGACAAGGAACCGUCCAAAUGACGCGUGACAGCGUUGUUCUAGUGGCGCGAAACGCCUGACUUCAAAGUGGAAACAGCGCGUCCACCGCGACGAUAUGCGAUCAGACGGCAGCGAGACCGCGGUGAAACCGAUUUUCCCGGUUGCCGGACUUUUCCACCGCGUUCCAACAAAUGCGCGUUUCGUUGGCUGAAGAAACACCAGGAAAACAACAGGAACGAUGUACGGCAUGCUUUUAGAGAGUGUGCAGCACUUUGUGCAGUUAGAGUAUGGCGAAGAAGUGUGGCAUCAGCUCUUGGAAAGUGCUGACUGCAAGCACAUGGUAUUCAACACACGACAAAUAUAUCCUGACGAGCUUAUGACCAAUUUGGCUGCUGCUUUAGCCACGAUCAAAGGCAUCUCGAUCGAUAAUGUGAUGCAAUUCUUUGGCAAAUGUUUCGUUAGAUUUUUCAGCAACUUAGGGUACGCCUGCACAGUGAAAGCCACAGGUCGUUAUUUCUGUGACUUUCUGCAAAGUGUCGACAAUAUUCACAUGCAAAUGAGAUUCACGUAUCCAAAAAUGAAAAGCCCCUCCAUGUACACUACACACGUCGACGCGCAAGGUGUAGUGCUAGUGUAUCGAAGCACCAGGCAAGGUUUUACGCAUUAUCUCAUGGGUCAGUUGUAUUAUAUAGCUAAAGAGCUUUACGAAACGGAUUUGAUAAUUAGCGUAUUAGAAUCUUCAAACAAUAUCCCGGGGUCCAGGAGUGUGAUGGUUAAAUUUAGAAUUGACUUUGACAAUCGUGAAUAUAUCGCGAAGAACAACAGAAUGAAAACUCCGCUAGGUCGAGAAUUGGCACCAGUGUCCUGCACGUUUCUUUUACGGCUGUUCCCGUUUGGGGUCGUGAUAAACAAGGAUAUGCUCCUACUGGGAGUUGGCGAUAAACUGUUGCAAGCAUGGGGCGGUAGCUCAUCCAUCCUGAACAAACACAUCACGGAAGUCUUUAAACUGCGUAGGCCUAAAGGGAUUUCCUUCACUUGGGGAAACGUGCUGUACUUGCAUUCAGUGAUGUUCGAGCUAGAACUCAUCAGGGUAAACGAUAACAAUACACAGUCGAAUACAGACAAUAUCGCUAGUACAAGCUCAGGAUUAGAUAGGAGAGGAAGCCAAGGAGCGAGAAGUAUCUUGUUGAAGGGCCAGAUGAGGUACAUCGAUGACAUCAAAGCAAUAAUUUUCCUAUGUAGUCCCUUAAUCAACAGCUUAGACGAGCUACUCAACAUGGGCCUGUACCUGAACGAUCUAAACCCUCAUGGCUUAAGUCGAGAAUUAGUCCUCGCGGGAUGGCAGCAUUGCGGAAGGUUGGAGAUGAUGUUCGAGAGGGCGGAACAGAGAUCAACCGAACUGGAAAAUAGCUACGCGUUACUGGAUCGUUGGAAGAACAAAAGCGACGAGCUUCUGUAUUCCAUGAUUCCCCAGACGGUCGCUGAUCGCUUGCGUGCCGGUGCGAGCCCUUUGAGCACUUGCGAGUCGUUCGAGUCUAUAACCGUUUUGUUCUGCGAGCUUUGCGACUUCGAUUACUCGACCAUUGAGGGCGCAAUGGACAUCGUCUCGUCAAUGAACGCCGUUUUCUCGUGUUUCGACUCCCUGAUGGACGAAUACAAUGUGUACAAAGUAGAAACAGUCGGUCGAGUUUACAUGGCAGCGAGUGGAGCACCGGAUAAGACUGAAGAUCACGCUCAAAACGUGGCAGACGUUUCCCUGCAGCUGAUAAAGCACGUGCAAUCUCUCAAAUUGCCAUCUGGUCUUGAUAUACAGAUUCGCAUAGGAAUUCAUUCUGGACCAGCUGUGGCAGGUGUUGUUGGCAUCAAAGUACCGAGAUAUUGCUUCUUCGGCGACACGGUGAAUACUGCUUCCAGAAUGCAAACGACCAGUCUGCCAGGAAAGGUACACAUCUCGGCAGACACUAAAGCGCUAUUGGUCAAAGACCGGUACCACGUCGAGUCACGCGGACUAGUUUGGGUCAAGGGAAAAGGCAACAUGGAGACGUAUUGGAUGUUCGACAAAGCGGAAACGAAUAUUGAGAUUACGGUCGAAGAAGCUACACCGCCCGAAGGACUUCUAGUCACCGAUGUUUAACGCGUAACAAAACGUUGGAUGUUAUUUAAGAGAUCGUUGAACUGCUUUUUGUUUUUAACAGCUGGACGAGCAUGUACAGCUUUCGAGAUUAAGUCUGGAUCGUGUUAUUGACAAGCAGACGCGCAUAUUAGCCUGAUGGGUAAGAUAUACAAUGCCCUAGUUUUGUGAUGAAAUGGUAUUGUAGACAUAUCACAAUUCGUAAACGAGCCAGGAAACAGGAUGAACAGCUCCUUGACGUGAAUAGUACAGAAGGUUCAUGUUCUAAACAUUAGACAAUGUUCUCGUGCGUGAUUAGGUAUUUUAGACAUAAUUAUUAUUUAUUACUUGGUGCCGGAGAUUAUUAUUGGUUAUCCAAAACAGUACAGUAAUAUAUUUACAUUUACUUUAUAGCUAUAUGAUUUUGUUAUAUAAAUUUUUCACUGACAAUUUCGUAAUAUUUUUGGGUUGCUUCAAAAACAAUAAUAAGUACUUAUCACAAAGUGGAGUUUAUCAGUUCUGAAAAGCUCAAAUGACAGUGCAACAUAUGUUUGCAUAAAUGUUGAUCCAUUACGAGCAUAUUAAAGUCUUUCGUUUUGUAGUUUAUCCUAAAUGUGAAUGUUAAUAACAUAAAAAUCAAAUUUCAGAGAUCUCACUCGAAGCUAUUCAUACUUACACUUACGCUCUAUUGAUUCUCUGUUGACAUUUUCUUUAUAAGUGUAUAUCCAUUCUUUCUCCCAUUGACCUGCUGAUCUCAUGCUUCAUACAUAUUUUUUUUAUAGCGUAAUAAAGACAAUAUUAUCAUUGUCAUCAUUAUUAUUAUUAUUAAUAUAUCUCGUAAUCAAAGUUACGAGUUUACAAUCUCACAGUCACUUAUUGUAGCAAAUUAAUUUCAUUCCGAGUAUCAAAAUUGAGUAUCAUUGAAAGCUUGCACAUCGUUGAAAGACUUCAGUUUAGCCAAAUUAGAAUAUGUGUAAAAUAUUUCAAAGCUUUUAUCAUACAAACUACUUUUCCCACCACUUAAUAGGUGUAAACAAUUUUUUUAAACAUCUCUGAAACUGUUGUGUUUGCUGCAGAAAUAGUUACUAUUAAAAAUGUAAAAAAUUGUAUACAAAAAAAUGCGACAUGUCUUUCGAAAAACAUAUAUCAGAGUUUUUUGGCGAAAAUUGUCGCACCUACAUUUCUCGUAACAACUCGACCAAAGUUUAUGCAAAAUAAUCAGCUUGGUAAAGAUACUUUCUUGAUGUUCCGUGUAUUUUAAUCUAGAGUGACUAGUCUAAAUGUAGCUAUAUAAGAAAAACACGAGAGAAAAAAAAGAAAAACAUGAACAUUUCACUCGACAAAUCAGAGCCUCGCGCGAGUGACAUAGUAGGUACGUGAGUUUUCACCGAAAUUCCAUGUCGAAAUGAACUGAGAAAGUCCCGUGACUUUCUUUCUCGUACGUUCAAUGUUACGAGUUGAACGAGGCUAGGUACGUGCCUUAACUUUCAAUUGCUGUCGUCGCGUGUGUAAUGUUCGUGUAGACUUAUGCUACAAAAAAAAGCGUAAAACACGAGUGCAAGCUAUGUGUACUUCCGAACUUUGCAUCACCGCCCGGUCCAUCGCGAAAUUCAUAGUCUAGACAUAGCAAGUAAAUAAAUAACGAGAAGCUGUUAAAUUAAAUAUGCAAAUAGUUCAUAUUAUAGUAAUGUAUGUCUUUCUCUUCAUUCUAGAGUGUGUGAAAAAUUUAGGUUCAAAAGGGAAUGUUAGUGGUUGUACGAAGCAUUUUCAACAUAAGUUUAAUAAAAAUUACUGUAUACUUUGAAACACUUUAUGGAUACGGAAUUUCUUUACUGUUUUAUAAAAUUUCAUUGUAACCAUAAUAUUUAUGCUACCUUGUUUGAACUAAAAAAAAG